AUGUGGUGGGAGUUGAAAGUGGGAAGUAGUCCACCUGAGAAGAUAAAUAAGCCAGCUCUGCCUCUCAGCUCUCAGCCACAGCUGGAAGGGCACAAGCAAGAGAGAGAGCACGAGCAUCUUCUGGACACUGGGAUGAUGAAAGACUUGAAGAUGUCUCUCCUGGUGGCCCUUUUCCUAGGGAUACUUCUUCAGCACAGCCACUCAGCUCGAGCACCAAAUUUAGGACACGAUUGCUGUAUAACCUAUACAAAGGCAGCCAUUCCCUUCUCUAAGUUGGUGGCAUGGUUCAAGACUCCAACAGAUUGUCGCAAGGAGGCCAUUGUGUUUGUUACUGUUCUAAAGAAAUCCAUCUGUGCAAACCCCAAUGAAAAGUGGGUGAAGAAGGCCAUCAGCUUCUUGGCCAAAGGCAAGAAGAGGGCUGACUCUAAUCCUGAAACUAACUCAGAUCCACAAAACUUGAGACUAUUCAACCCAACUCCAGCCAGCUCCCAAACACCAUUCAACAACUCAGCUCAACUCCCUUCAGGAAGCCAACUUAACUCCACUUGGCAAACCAAUUCAACUCAACACGUCAACUCAACAUCUCUCACUAGCUCUAGUCAUCUCAAAAACUAAACUCAACACCUUAACUAUUGUAUUAAAUCUAAAUGAGUUGGGGUCUAUAGGGACAGGGGAGAUUUGUGGGGAGAGGGAUGGGGGAAAUAACCGUUUCAUUUAUUAUUAUUGUUCUGGCCAUAGGCCCUUUCUUCUCUCUGUAUUAAAGUUUUAUCU